AUGGUGAAGGAGCUUGGGGAACUCCACUUCGGCGGCAAGGGCUACAAGGCCCUGAUCGUCGCCCAGCAUGCGGGCGCGCAGCUCAAGCGCGCCGACAGCGACCCGUGCGGCCCGGCCGGUCCCAGCGACGCCCUGCGCGCCCUCAACCCCAUGGGCGGCCGCGUGCCCAUCCUCGAGACGCCGGACGGGCCCGUCUUCGAGUCCAACACGAUCGCCCGCUACGUCGCCCUCCAGACCGGCUCGUCGCUGUACCCCUCCGGCCUCGACGAGCCCGCGCUGCAGAGGGCAGCGCUGAUCGAUGGCUGGGUCGACAGCGUGCCGGCCAAGGCCGGGCCGGCGCUCGCGCGCGUCUACGCCGCGGCGAUCGGCGGCGCGGACUUCGACGAGGACAUCUACGAGCUCAAGGACGCCGCGAUCGCCGCCGUCGCCGGGGUGCUGGAGGCGCGCCUCGAGGCGAGCGCGUACCUGGCGGGCGGCGAGCCGACGCUGGCGGACGUGUGCGCCGGGGUGGACCUGUGGGCGCUGAUGACGCGCGUCCUCGAGCCGAGCGACCGCGAGGCGCUCCCGCACACCACCGCGUGGUUUACCCGCCUGGCCGCGCUUCCGCUCUUCACGGCCGUGAUGGGCCCCGCCGCGCUGUGCGCGAAGACGGGCGAGGGGCGCGCGCCGGGCGCGGCGGCGUCGAAGAGCGCGGCGAAGAAGGCCGCGAAGGCGGAGGCGAUGGCGGCGAAGAAGGAGGAGGCCAAGCGGCGCGAGAAGGAGCGGCGCAAGGAGCGGAAGGCGGCCGAGAAGGGCAAGGGCGGGGCGGGGGGCAAGGGCGGCGGCGCGGGCGCGGCGGGGAAGGAGGUGGCGAAGACGACGAAGCUCGGGCUGCGCGCGGACAAGGCCACUGAGUUUGGGGAGUGGUAUGCGCAGGUGGUGGUGGAGGCCGAGAUGAUCUCAUACUACCCGGUGUCGGGGUGCUACAUUCUGCGUCCGUGGGCGUUCGCGCAGUGGCAGGUGCUGCAGGAGUGGUUCGACGCGGAGAUCAAGAAGCUGGAGGUGCAGAACUGCUACUUCCCGCUGUUCGUGACGCCCGAGGUGCUGCAGAAGGAGAAGGACCACGUCGAGGGGUUCGCGGCCGAGGUCGCGUGGGUGACGCGGUCGGGGAGCUCGGAGCUCGAGGUGCCGCUCGCGAUCCGCCCCACGAGCGAGACGGUGAUGUACCCUUACUUCGCGGACUGGAUCAAGAGCCACCGCGACCUGCCGCUCAAGGUCAACCAGUGGACGAACGUCGUGCGGUGGGAGUUCAAGCACCCGACGCCGUUCAUCCGCUCCCGCGAGUUCCUCUGGCAGGAGGGCCACACGGCGCACGCCACGCUCGAGGAGGCCGACCGCGAGGUGCUGCAGAUCCUGGACCUGUACCGGCGGGUGUACGAGGAGCUGCUCGCGGUGCCCGUGUGCCCGGGGCGGAAGAGCGAGAACGAGAAGUUCGCCGGCGGGCUCUACACGACCACCGUCGAGGCCUUCGUGCCGCCCGUCGGGAAGGGCAUCCAGGGCGCGACGUCGCACUGCCUGGGGCAGAACUUCGCGAAGAUGUUCGACAUCAAGUUCUCGAACGACGCCGGGGAGGAGCAGCUCGUGUGGCAGAACUCGUGGGGGUUCACGACGCGCACCAUCGGCGUGAUGAUCAUGGUGCACGCGGACAACAAGGGGCUCGUGCUGCCGCCGCGCGUGGCGCCGAAGCAGGCGGUGAUCGUGCCGAUCCCGAACGCCAAGCUCUCGCAGGAGCAGCUCGACGCCAUGCUGGCCAAGUGCGGCGAGCUGGACGGCGCGCUGCGCGACGCGGGCGUGCGCGCCACCGCGGACCUGCGCCUGAACUACACGCCCGGCUGGAAGUACAACCACUGGGAGCUCAAGGGCGUCCCGGUCCGCGUCGAGGUCGGUCCGCGCGACCUCGAGAGCGGCCAGGUGGUGCUGGUGCGGCGCGACACGGGCGCCAAGGAGCCGGUCGCGUGGGCCGCGAUGGGCGCGCGCGUCGCGGAGCUCCUCGAGCAGAUCCAGGCGGACAUGUACGCCAAGGCGCGCGCGGAGUUCGACGCGUCGAUGGAGCGCGUCACGGAGUGGGGGGAGUUUAUGGGGGCGCUGGACCGACUGCACAUGGUGCUGGCGCCGUGGGACGAGAGCGUCGAGGUGGAGGAGGAGAUCCGGAAGCGGUCCACGACGGAGAGCGCGAUGGGCGCGAAGAGCCUGUGCAUUCCGUUCGUGCAGCCCGAGCUGCCGGCGGGCACCAAGUGCAUCGUGUCGGGCAACCCCGCGAAGAGCUGGGGGCUGUUCGGGCGGUCGUACUGA